CUAGAGCGUUUUCAGCCUUGUUAUGUAUUAGCCCAGUGUGACUUCCAAGUCAAUCUAGAAUCUGUUUUGUCUUUCACUGAAGGAAUUCAUCCCUUUUGAAGCAUUCACUGGAUUUCAGGAUGACAAAAUUGAUGAGCCGAACCACCAAAAAUGUCCUUGUGGUUUCAUUUGGAUUUUUGCUCUUAUUUACAGCGUAUGGAGGACUGCAGAGUUUACAGAGCAGUCUUAAUGCUGAGGAUGGAAGGGGUGUUAUUUCUCUCAGUGUCAUCUAUGGAGCGAUGAUUUUGGCCUCGAUGUUUCUGCCUUCAAUAAUUAUCAAAAAUCUGGGCUGUAAAUGGACCAUCGUCCUUUCUAUGGCUUGUUAUGUGUCAUAUUCCUUUGGAAACCUUGCGCCAGGCUGGCCAAGUCUGAUGACAACCUCUGCUAUUCUGGGUAUAGGAGGUUCACUGCUGUGGCCUGCAAAAUGCACCUAUCUCACAAUAAGUGGAAACAGACGAGGCCAGAAAAUCAACAAGAAAAGCCAGUAUAUCAUCAGCCAAUAUUUUGGCAUCUUUUUCUUCAUUUUUCAGUCAUCAGCGGUGUGGGGAAACCUCAUGUCAUCUCUGAUAUUCGGCCAGGAUUCUAGCAUAGAAGUCCCUGAGGAGAACCUGCAGUUCUGUGGUGCGACAUCAUGCGUUGAAAAUUUCACAGUCGCAAACACAACCCUUCCAGGAAAACACCUAGUGAACACACUGCUAGGCUGCUAUAUCGGUUUGGAGGUUCUGGCCAUCAUUUUUGUGGCAGUGUUCCUGGACAACAUCGACCGAGAUCUGGUCAUAGAAUUUCGUAAAACCAAGGGCAACCAGUCGUUUUGCAGCACCUUUCUGGCUACCUUCAAGCUCCUGAGAAAUCCUAGAUUGUUGCUUCUCAUCCCAUUGACCCUGUACAGUGGGUUUGAGCAAAGCUUCCUCGCUGGCGAAUACACAAAGAACUAUGUGACCUGUGCGAUGGGAAUACACUACGUCGGCUUUGUGAUGAUCUGCUUUGGUGCUUCUAACUCCCUGUGCUCAUUCGCAUUUGGUAGACUGGCUCAAUACACUGGAAGACUCCCCCUCUUUUGCUUGGCUGCAGUGACAAACCUGGGCUGUUUUCUGGGUCUUUUGUACUGGAAGCCUCAUCCAGACCAGCUGGGCAUGUUCUUUGUGUUUCCGGCACUCUGGGGGAUGGCAGACGCUGUGUGGCAAACACAAACCAAUGCACUUUAUGGCAUUCUCUUUGCUAAGGACAAAGAAGCAGCAUUUGCCAACUACCGCAUAUGGGAGUCCCUCGGUUUUGCCAUAGCCUUUGCUUACAGCACAUUCCUCUGCCUGUCCACCAAAAUCUACGUUGCUCUGUCUGUUCUUGCCCUUACUGUGGUUACUUACCUUUACGCUGAGUACAACGAGUACAAGCAUCCAACUCCACAAGUGACUAAUGAUGACUUGCUUCAACCAGAAAAUGAGGACUUCAAAGAAUUAAAUGACAAAGAUAUUAUCUCUCAGACAAAAAGUGUAAAUUGAUUUUGGUAGAUUUUUCUGCCUCAGUAUUAGGGCUGGGCACAUUUUUUUCGAUUAAUCUUUUUUUAAAUUCCCCCAUUUUAAAUUUGUUUUAUCCAAUGAAAGGUUAGCUUUUUGUGAUUAAAAAAAAAAAAAAAAAAAGAUCAAAAGGAUUCAUAAUGCAGAUUAAUUUUCACAUCCUUCUUUGAUCAUAUUACCAAGGAGGCUUACAUUUUUGGCCAUGACUAUAACAACCAAGUAAAGAUAACUAAAUAUAUCUAAGUGGAAUAGACCUUUAGUCCAACAAACUAGAUGCUCUUUUUAUUAAAGUUUUUUAGUUGAAAUAAUGCAUCCACCUGAAAGUUCACAUAACACAGUUAAUUUAAUUAAGUAAAUGAAACCAAUUUGUAAAAAUCAGUUACAAUGAAUACAAUGUUUACUAGAUUCAGUGAUUACUUUUUACAGUGAAAUAUGUGACAGACUUUCACAGUUUACACUAAACAUUUUUAUGACAGCUUUUAAAAAAGUGUAAGAUACAAAUGUUCUGUUUCCAUACAAAUUUUCUAUUUGCACUAUAUUUUCUAACUGUUUUUAAAUUCAUUUUAAUUAAGUAUUUUUUUUAAAUCAUUUUAAAAGUUUUAAAAUUGCUUGUUUUAUUUUUGUUAUUAUUUGUCUUCGUGAUUAUUUUACUUUCUUUUAUGUAAAGCACUUUGUGUAUGAAAUGUGCUAUAUAAAUAAACUUGCCUUGCCUUCCAUG